AUGGCUGACUACUCUACUCCCGAAGUCCUCUGGGCUCAGCGCUCUUCCGACUCGGAACCGGAAAAGAACUUCAUCUACCUGACCAUCUCCGCCUCCGAUGUCCCCGCCGACGGUCUGAAGCUCGACAUCAAGCCCACGUCCGUCUCCUUCGAGGGCACCUCGUCGACCCUCAAGCGCAAGUACCGCGUCGACCUCGAGCUCUUUGCGGAAAUUGAUCCGGACCAGUCCAAGAUCAACCACACCAACAAGAACAUUGAGAUGAGGCUCCAAAAGAAGGACCUCAAGGAGGAGUACUGGCCCCGCCUCCUCAAGGAGUCCAAGAAGCUUCACUUCCUUAAGACCGACUUUGACAAGUGGGUCGACGAGGAUGAGCAAGAUGAGGCUCCCGAGGAGGACAUGUCCCAAUUUGGUGGCAUGGGUGGCAUGCCCGGUAUGGGUGGUGGCCCCGGUGCCGGAGGCGACUUUGGAGGUAUCGACUUCUCCAAGCUCGGCGGCAUGGGUGGAGAGGGUGGCAUGCCCGACUUUGGCAGCAUGGGUACCGCCAUCGACCCCGACAACAUCACCGGUGGAGCUGAUGAGGAUGACGGUGACGACGACGGCGAGGAGGAGAUGCCGCCUCUGGAGGAAGUCGAGGAUGCUGCUGCGCCCAAGAAAGCGUAA